AUGACCCGCAAAAGAAACCGCAAACCCAACGGCCACAGGCGAAGCAAUCCCAGAAGACCGCACCAGGGCGUUCUCCCCUCCAUCGAACCCCCCAAUCCAACUGCCGCACCAGCAGGACAGGGCCAGCUCAACACAACCGCCCAGCCACGGUUCGGGCUCUCCUCGUGGCGGGAAACCAGGGAGGGAGCUCGACUUCUUGAUCAGAUUGGAGUUGGACAUGGUGGUGGAGUUGCGAGAGAGAGGGGAAGGCCCAGCGCGGAGUACGGUGCGGAUUACGGUGCAGAUGGCCAGGAAGCUGGGGGCUAUAACGUUAUGGGAAGAGGUAUGGGCGCAAGCCAGAACGCAGCAGGCUAUAUUGUGCCCGAGGGUAGGUUGAAGCGUGGUAUUGGCGGUGGGAGUUUUGUCGUCGCUGGGGAUCAUACAGGGUACAAUGCAUGCAUCAAUGCAGGGCACGGAGACUAUUCUGCAGGUUAUCGUGCUCAGUACGGUUCGGGAAAUGAUGCAGGCUAUCAUGCGAAGUACAGCAGGGGCCAUGUCGCUGGCUACAACGCCAAAUCCCAACUCAGAGGCAACGACCUCUCCCAUCUCAUCCACCACGAUCGAGUCUCCGAAGCUGCCGUCAACGCUGCCAGCAACCUCCUCCUACCGGUUCACCCGCGCAACAGAGCCUCAAGCGCUUAUGUUCCGCUCGAGAACGACGAAGAGUUCGGUUCCGGGGAACUCAUAGAGCCUCCUUGUGUGGCCGCGCUCCGUGACACUGAUAGUGUGGCCAGCAAUACGAGGGAUACGAGUUUGAAUUGCAUCUUCUGCGGAGGCAGAGGGCAUAGGACUGGGGAGUGUCCCGAUAGGUGGGGUAACGAGGGGCGACGGGCUGAGGGGAUUCAGGAUCAAGCUGUGACUGCAGACUUCAGGAGUGAUGACGAGGGCGAAGAGACGCAGGCUGAGGGGUAUCCAGCGGCAGAUGAGGAGCCAGAGGACAGUGCCGAAGGCGGCGGAUUUGGAGGAGAUACAGGAGGAUCUGAACCCGGGGGUAUGCUGUACUUCUGA